ACACCGCUGCCGCUGCUCCCCAUCGUUGUCGUAGUAGUCGCCGCCGCCGCCGUGUGUAUUUGUUAUUAUUAUUAUUAUUAUUACUAUUACUAUUAUUAUUACCAUCGAGUAUCGAGUGCGCGUCGUCGUGUACUUACAUUCAGUUGUCUCGACUGCCGCAGCUAUUAUUACUAUGUACUAUUAUUAUUAUUAUUUUUAGACCAAUUAUUAUUAUUAUCGCGUUAUCGGUGUAUACUUUCGUUGUGUUUUUCGGCGUUCAUUUUCGAUAUCGCUCAGUCGUGGUGCCGUGUUUGACAUCCAAUCAUCAGUUUCAGCACUAUAUAGAACACUUAGCACGGCUACGUUCGUCGCCCACCGUCCGCCGACACGAAAACCGAGGACGCGUUUCCGUCGACCACGAACCGUGUCCGUCCCUAUUCCGCUCGCGUCCGUGUACGAAAAUCCAUAGGUGCUAGGCACAACCGUCGCCAUACCGUACAACGUACAGUCGUCGCCCGCAGCCCAUUGUUCCGGAUCGGCGACGACGCGGUGUUUAUAGGCGUCGAAACCGAGCAAAUACCUCAGCUGCGCACCGUUCCGAGAAUCUACAACGUUUGGUGCCGUCGUCUUUGUGCCUAUCGAUUAUGGCGGCAGCUGCCGUCGCCGCCACCGCCACCGCCGCCAUCUCUGCCGCUGCGGCCUUAACCCGACGGACCGUCGUCGCCGUCGUCCGUCGUCACCGCUGCCGCCACGACGUCCCCACGCUUACAUUAGUGACUCAACGUUUACGCCACCAAUAGGUGACACGAAGAUAGAGAGUUUUAGUCUAUCGAUUUAACUGUCCGAACGACCGGUGACUGUACCAUCAAACCUACCGCGUUUUCCGACAUCUUCGGGCCACCGUCCAUCGGUAACUUACCCGAGAUACCUUCAUGUUUAACGAAAAUUGUGACAUCAAUCAUAUCAAAUGCCAUAUGAGCCACUUGUUUUGUUACAUAGACUUGCGCCUGAAGACGUAAAUCACUUGAUACGACAAAAUCCUCCUCCGCCUGUGAUAAUCAAUCAACCACAUAUGGGACAUUUUUUUUCUAUUAGAAAUGCCCACACAUUUCAAAACAAUGAAGGGAAGAACACCCAAUCACUGGGCAAGGACGGUGUCGUGAACAAUAGUAAUUUACCUUUAGAAAAUAAACAGAAAUUGACUUGUGCUCGUUCAUCACCUAAAUUACGAGUUCUAAAAUCUAGUUCAAACGGCGUAAAUCAUGAUAAACAAGAACAAAAAAAAUUUUCCAAGGAACAAAAAGUCACAAACACUCGGAUAGGAGAAUUAUCGUUUGCCGAAAAAUCUAAAAUAUUAACAACUGGUAGUAUUUUUAAAAAAGAAUUAGUCGUAGUUAUUGAUAAUUGCUUCAAUGAGGUGAUUAGAGAAAUGGUAAAUAGUACAGCUCAACACCCAAAAACGCGAAAUCCUACUAAUUCAACAGUAUCCACCAACAGCAAUACUAGUAGUAGUAAUUCUGUAGCUUCGACUCGAGACUCAGCAGCUGGUAAAGAACACAUCAUAGAUGACACUAUUAUGAUAACAACUACAAAAUCUCCACUAUCUACAGUAACUCCUGCCAUAGAGGUGAUUGACAAAAAAACAAAAGAUAUUUCAUCAAAUGGACAGCAGCACAUUACUGCAGACGAACAUGAUAAGCAAACCAAUUAUGACAAGGUUCAGUAUGAUUCUUCAGGCCUCAGUUUGCGUACAAGGACUAUAUCAUCAACAACAGUACCUACACCAUUGCACCAUUCAACAGUUCCUGGAUCGAAUUCUGUACAACCUAAUUGUUCUACUUCAUCAGUUACUACUCCUACUCCUAGACCUCGUGGUCGGCCUCCAAGACGAAAAAAUCUGAAGCAUAUUGCCAAUAGGAAAGCACUACAACAAGCCGCUAAACUAUCUGAAGAGAGCAAAGUCUGUGAUUUAACCACAUCAAUUACUGAAGUAGAAUCAGCAGCAAUUAGUUUGGAACGUUUGCAGCAACAACAAAAGUCAUUGAAUGAAUGUAAUAAUAUUGAAAUUUAUGAUGAUGAGCUAGAAAAUAGUGAAAAGGAUUCCAUAUAUAUUAAUCCUGCUACAGAUAAACGUUCAGUACGAUCCCCAGAAUUUGAUGGGGAUGAAGAUUGUAUUAUUGUAGAUAUUGUUUGUAAAAAUAAUAGUAAUAAUCGUAAAAGGAAACAAUCUGAUAUCGAAGAAGCUGUUGCUGAAAAACGUUUAUUGAUAUCUAAUGAUCCUAAAGAUUUAAUAGUUGAAAAAAUAAAUGUAAUUGACAAGUCUUCAUUGCCAAACAAAUCAAACUCUGAUUCAGUCGAGUAUGGUUUCUUAGCUGGUUGUAACAUUUUUGAACCAUACAGACAAUGUACUGAUUGGAAGUCCUCUUCCAACUGUUCUUCAGCUUUAUACGGUCGCACAUAUUGGCCAACAAGUUGGGAAUAUUCUGCAGCAUCACUCACAGGUCAUGUUCAAAAAAAAAUAUCUAAAGAAGCGUUACGUAAAAUAAGAUUGAUUGGCGGGGGAGGAGCCACCAGUAAAACUGUUUGUAGCUCUAACUCAACGUCAUUGAAAACUAAGUGUACACUAAAAAAGUAUCAAACUUCAGUUCUGCAAAGACGUGGCAGUGCUUGCAAAUCAACAGCAAUAGCUCCUGUUGAAGUGUCUGGUGGUGCAAGACAUCAUCCUUCGACAUCUACAAAUAUUGUAAAACGACAAAAAGGUCGGCCUCCUGGUAGAAAAAACAAGCUAUUACAAGCUGUUAUAAAAUCAAAUAGUCCUCGGAAGUCACCACGACAACAUGCAUCUACAUUAGCAGCAAUCAUGUCGAACAAAGUUGGAAAUCCAGAUAAAGUUGAAAAUCAACAAUCUGAUGAACUAGAGGCAGAUCUAGAAACCGAUAAAAAUUCUUUAGACAUGGAUGUUCCGUGUUUAUUGAAGAUGUCCAUGCCAAAGUAUGAACCUAUGCCAGGAUUCCGUCAUCACAGACAUCGCCGGCAAAUGGAAAACAAACGUAUCAUUAAACGUCGUCGUCGACGUCGUUCAACUACUCCACCUCCCCCAAAAUUGUGUGCUCAACAACCAGCUCCACAGCGAAUUUCUAUAAAUACUGCUAUAGACCAAGAAAGAGUUAAAUUGCGUACAAAACAUGUGGAUGUAGUAAGGAGACGAGCACGAGAUGAGAGAUUACGUACAGCAUUCGUGUGUCAACAAUUGCUUAAAGUACAAGAAAUAGCUGAACAAAACCGUUGUAACAUAACCCAAGAGUUUAAACAAACUCUUGAUUCAAAUAAAGAAGACUACCAGUUCUCAAAUAAUGCUAUAAUAUUACCAGUUGAAAGUGAUCAAGAUCAAAUUUGGUCUCAAAUUACUGAUAGUAAUCGGGAACCUGAUAAUAUGUGCUUACAAAUAAUGUAUGAACAAACUGCAGAUAAGAGGUUUUUAUGUACCAAUUUAACAGAUGAAACUCUGCAAAUGUAUUAUCAACAACGUGAGUUAGCUUUAACUGAACGUUUAACCAAUAAUUAUGGUGAAACCUUGUCUUCCGAUUUAGGUACAGACAUGAUAUCUAAUAAACGAAAGAAAAAACGACCAAAUAUGACUGGUUGGCCUAAAGAAAAACGUCGAAAAAUUAUAACUACAACAUCAUCUAUGAACACAGCUGUAGAAGAUACAAAUGGUGAUAGUGAUACUGAGAUAGAUGAUAUUACCAAACGCCGAAGAGCAGCAGCAGCAGAACAACAGAGGCUCAGACGUCAACGUAUAAAAUUAGAGCAGCAGCAACUUCUCAAAGAAAAAUCCAAAGUUAAGAUAAGAGCUGCCUCCCCUAAGCGGAGAGGUCGAGGACCGGGGCGUCCAAGGCGCCCUGGUCGUCCAGGUCGUCCAGGUCGUCCAGGUCGACGUCCUGGCCCUAAUAAGAAAAAUAAAACUGCAACAUACCGUCGUAACAAUAGUGUAAGUAGUGAUGGUACAACAGCAAGUAGUAGCAAUACCAGUAGUACUACCACUAAAGUGAAAAAAGUAAGAAAAACAAGAAAGCAACGUACACCUGCACAAAAUAAAACCUCUUCACCAAUAGUGCCGGCAUCGCCUGUUACACCAAAUACAAUUGUAAAACGAAGAUGUGGAAGGCCUGUGGGAAGUGUUGGUAGACGGCAACGAUUAAAAUUACAGAUGUUACAACAGAAUUGUCAAAACCAAACUCCAUCAUCCUCUGAACAACAAAAAGAGAAUGUAGUUCAGCCACAAUCCAGUACAGGUAAAUUGAAAUGUGUUAUAUCAACACGUAAUAAUCGUAUGAAAUUACUGUCAACAUCUGGUAGAUCCCCUGCAGCAUUGAAUCAAAAAAAAACAAUGACUGCAAGCAAAACUAAGAAGUCGUCUGCUGCGUAUAAUUUAACGUCUUCAUGUUUAACAACACUACCAUCAUCACAGGUGACAGUGGUGGGUAAAAUUACUAGAACAACAGCUAAAAGAAGGAGACUCCAACAGCAUCAACAAACAGCUGCAGCUACAGUUACAUGGGAUGUUGGGAGACCUAAAAGAUAUCAUUCAACCAACCAUAGUAGGAAUUCUAGUAGUGUGGUUGUUGAAGAAGAUUGUUGUUUUGUGGGAUCACAACCAUUUGAACAACAUUGUCCAGGUGGUGGAGGUGGCUUAAAUCAUAAUACUGUGCUUGAAAAUCAUCAAGAUCACCAAAAAGAAAACACAGUACACAGUGGUUUAUAGUAGAUACUACAGCAAUUGUUCAUUAUUAUUAUUUAUAUUUUUUAUUAAUUAUUACAAUUAUUUUUUUCUUACCAAA